GUUGCCAUCGACGCUUUAUUAAACAUUCCUAAGAAAAAUGUGACCUGGAACAAGAUUAAAGAAAAGACAACACACACUUUUAAGAUAUUUAAUUAAUUAACCACAAUAUGUUAUGAUGAAUAACGAAAAACCAGUGUGAUUUAUUAGUAAAAGUAGUCAAAAAAGAAACUGUACUGAAAAGUGAAAAGUAAAAAACCGGUUCACCAGGUUCAAUCAAUUUUUGGACUGCAAUGACAAUUAUGCUGUAAAAUCCAGAUCAUAUGGAAAUGGGCAAAAUGAAAAAAUCAUUACGUAUAAAAAUCAUCAGCAUGGGAAAUGCUGAAGUCGGAAAGAGUUGUAUCAUAAAAAGAUAUUGUGAGAAAAGAUUUGUCCACAAAUAUCUGGCAACCAUUGGAAUUGAUUAUGGUGUUACGAAAGUCAACAUAAGAGAUAAAGAGGUUAAAGUUAAUAUAUUUGACAUGGCCGGACAUCCUAUAUUUUAUGAGGUAAGAAAUGAAUUUUACAAGGACACUCAGGGAGCCAUUAUUGUAUUUGAUGUAUCAGACAGGAAUAGUUUUGAGGCACUGGAUUCUUGGUUAUUGGAACUUCAGAAUGAAGUAGGGAACCAGUCAGAAGUAGAUAACAUUGCAGUCUGUGUUUGUGCUAACAAGACUGAUAAGAAGAGAGUUGUUGACGAGUCUGAAGGUCGGAUAUGGGCAGACACAAGAGGUUAUCAUUACUUUGAAACAUCAGCACAAACAGGGGAAGGUGUCACAGAAAUGUUUCAGAACUUAUUUGAGGGUGUUGUAUCAGCAGUAGAGAAUGGUGGAAAGAAAGCACCUUUCACGACGCAGUUAGGAUACUCCAAGGAUCAAGUCGAAGCUAUACAGAAGCUUAAAGCAGCAAGGAGUGAUUAUGAGAGGCUAGGUGUUCAACUAGGAGCAUCAAAGGACGAGGUGAACAAAGCUUACAGAAAAUUAGCAGUAUUAUUACAUCCAGAUAAAAGUGUAGCACCAGGAAGUGAAGAAGCUUUCAAACUUUUGGUGGCAGCAAGAACUACUUUGUUAAAGAAAUGUUCAUAACACACAUUCAAUAUUAGUUGUUGAUUAUUUUAUUUCUAGGUCACACAGUCAUUCAACCUCAAUCUGAUUAAAAUACAAAUCCUAUAUCCACGUUUCGCUUACAGAGAUCUGACAACACCCUGUCCCACUUUCUGUUCUGAUAACUUUUAUAUCAACCAAUAAAAUGUCUGCUUCCAAAUUUGUAAAGGUGUGUAUCAUUACAACAAAACCUGAGGAUCCUGAAAGGCCGUUCAAACAGAAAGUAGAAUGGAAGGUUUUCAUAUCCUUGUAACCGAAGCGUGGACACAUGAUCUGUAUUUUAGUCAGAUUGAUUAAACCAGUACUUAAGGUGGUACCUAACACUACAGGGAGAUAACUCUGUAAAAUCAGCUAAACGUUUUAAUUACGUUGUAUUGUUAAGGAAAUAUUAAGCUUCUCAAUGAUUAAAAUUAGUGUUUAUCAAACUGCUAUAUAUCCAAUGAAAUUUUUCCAAGAAAGUGAUAGGUUCAAGUUCUUUGAAAUUUUUAUAUUUUUUUCAAAGGGUCAAAGUAAAUAUUUUGUAAACAUUUUAUGAAAAUUAAACGAGCCAAAUUAAUUUUAGUCAAGGUGUUGGGUACCACCUUAAUCGAUUUAGAAAUGAUGUCAAAUUUCACUGCAUAUCCCCAGUAUCUUCACAAAUAUUGUCUAGUCCUAUCACAAAUUUUUACUUUAAAAAUAUUUCUGUAAUGUAACCCUAUGGCAUCUAGAGAGGAAAAUGAACAAAAACUUCUCUUUACUUGUAAAACCAAAGCUUUUAAAAAUGUAUUAUUGCUAAAACUGUUUGUUUUCUGUAUUAAAUUAUCAUAAUAUUUACAAAAUUUCUCUCCGUUAUGGAUUUCUAGUUAAGCUUUGUAUAAGAUCAUUUAGGAAUAAGCCCAAUACAAAAUAUAAUUCCUUAAACAAUUCCUACAUUGCUCUAGAAGUAAUGGCAAUCCUUUCAAUUGCAUUCACAAAAAAGUUUCCAUAUAUCCAUGAAAAUUUGUUAUAUUUCAAUAGACAUUUUUGUUUUUAAAUUGCUAAUUUUAUGACUGAGUAUUAGCUAUACAAAACCACAAUUACAAUAUUUGCAAUAAAUUACUGUAACAAAUGAAAUGAAAGUGUAUUUGUAUGUAUUUGUGCAAAUUUAACUAAACUUCUAAAUGGACGUAAAAGAAUUAAUGUGUAAUGUUAUGCAUUUUAUUUGAACCUUUAAUUUGAGUGUAUCGUUAAAUUAGAAUUUGUUUCAUUGUAUGUUUUCCAUUAAAUAGUAAAGUGUGUUUUCUUGAUAAUAAUUCAAAGUGAUUUUUGUCAGGCAAAACAAAAUUGUAUUUGUUUUGAUGUAUACCAUACUUUAACAUGAGUGAUAAAUGGAUUUAUUUACUACAGCUUGCAAGUUGAGUUUAUUGCCUUAUUUGAAUAAAGAAAUGCUACAUAUUUUAUAUUCAUUACAAGCUUUCUAAAUUAACCUACAUGUUGUUUUUUUUGCUUGGAUAUUGUUCAAUGGCAAUUAAGAUUCAUUGAUUGUUGCUGAUAUCAAUCCCUGAUAAUUUGUAGAAAUAAAUUUGGUUAAUGCUUACACAGGGUAUUUUUUUUCUAUAACUUUGAUGCAUUAUAUGGUAUCUAUUAAAAAAUACAUCAUAUACGAAGUGUAGUUUUCUAAAAGUUUCUUAAAACUACUAUAGAUUUAUAAAUUUUUGUGAAUACCAAUUUUUGUGGAUUGGGAAAAAUAGUUUUUUCAUGGAUAUUUGAUUUGGUGGUUUUGCCAAAGUCUCAAUACAGACCUAUGGAAGAAUUGUACUUAGUUAGACAUUUAACUUCUUGGUUAACAUAUAACCAUAAAAUCUGUGAAAAUUGGUAUCCCAGGAAUAAUAAUGAGCCCAGAGUAUGAAGAUAGGAAUCCAUAAAUAUAAUACUGUCUUCUCUAAUCGAAGUAACUUUUGUCUUUGUCGUAUUUAAUGAAAAAAAUUGCAAUACUAAUUAAUUUAACUUUGUUUUGGUGUUGCACUGUUUUUAAUGUAUUAAACAUGAUUUUUCUUUAUAAUUAAAGGAUAUAUUGUUGACUGACAGUUUAUCAGUUGAAUUCUGUUCAUCAUUAUUUGAAAAGUGUGAUAUUUAAAAUUAUCAAAUAAUUGUAAUAAUUUUUCUCAUGAGGUCAAAAUUGUAUUCAAUGUAAUGACCUAUUUUGUUAAAUUUUAGGUGCUAAAUGCCACUUCAUAUAGAUAAUUUUACCUAAUUUGAGCCAGAUUUAUGUCCCUUUGCCAUUAAGUUGAAGGUCAAAGUGUACAGUUUCCUUCAUAAAUCAACCAAAUUUAUUUUGUUGUACAAUGCUGCUAGAGUCUAGCCUCUUGCAAAAAGUUGUUUUCUGAACAAUUUUAAUUUGAUUAAGCCUUGUAUAAUUCAUAACUACCACAUCGCUAGGAUCUCUUAUCAGAUUUGCUUGUACUAUAUGUUUUAAUUUGAUUAGUCAAAUAAGAACUUAACCAUUUUACUCUCCAGCAUGGCAGACAAGGGAAAUAACUCCAACUCAAACUGUAUUAAUUGAUAAAUUAUCUAUUCAUACAAAGUAUUGCAAAUUAGUUUCACCUAUAGUGUAGGACAAGGUAAAUUUUCAACAUUCCCACAAAAAUAAGUUACCUGUAUUUAUAAUUGGUAAAGGUAACAUUAUAUAGGAUCAUCGUCCAUACAAAUACAAUGCUAACCAUUUAGUUAUUACUGUAAAUUCAGAAAUGAAUGCAUGCAUUUAUUAUUGCUAUUUUUGAAGAAUGGAUGAAAAUGGGAGAUUAAUUAUUAUGAUUCUUGGAAAAGCUGCCUACAGACAUAUGUAUCAGAUAUCAUAAUGCAACUUCUUAUUGCGAUACCCAUUCAGUCGCAUUAUUCCCAUUCAUAAAAAACUUGCAAUAAUUUCUGAAUUUACAGGACCUUAGUCACUUAAACCUUGGUUAUUCCACUGAUUUGAUUUAAAAAAAGAUCUGUAUCAAUCUGAUUAUUAAAAAUCUUUCACUCUUUUCUUUAAACUUGUUUGUCACAGUAAGAAAGGUCUGAAGAGAUCCCAUAAGGGGUCACAUUUCAUACAGAUCAGUAGUAAAUAUUAAGUUAGAUGUACUUCAUUACUAUAACUUGAGAUUAGAUGCUACUUUGUUUAAGUUUUGAAUUUUAUUUAUUGUAAUGUUUUUAAAAGCAAAAUAAAAAUGAAUUAUUUUA